UGCUCGUCUCACUCUCCACCGUGUGAUUAUGAUCAAACGGCCGCUAGCUUCCCUCCUUGGAGUCACACAUUGACCACGUACGCUGGGCCGUCCCCUCUCCCCCAGCCGGAGGAAGCUUCCAGAACCUUCAGCCGGAGCAACGGAGCGCGAGACAUGGUGGUGCUGCACGUGAAAUCGUCGACCUCCUCCUCGUCCUCGUCCCCGUCCCCGCCCCCGCCGGAGGUAGAGGAGGAGAUUGAGUUCCUGUACGAGUGCGCCGCCACCGCCGCCGUCGCGGACGUGGCGGCCGCGCUCGCGGGCACCGCCGGCCUCCAGGCCCGCGUCCUCUCCCUCUGCCGCCGCCUCCAGGCCCGCGUCCUCUCCCUCUGCCGCCGCCUCCGAGAGAGGUGCCCGAGCGGCGAGCUGGAGAGGGCUCUGUCGGAGGCCGAAGCCUACGCCUCCAAGGUACAAGUACGUCAUAACAAAUUCGUGUCCCCUCGUGCUCUAAGGGAACAUAUCAAGAAUAUUGAAAAGACAGCUGCUAAUGCUCUAGCAGACAAUUCGGAGGCCCUCUGUCCGCAACAUCCAAAAUCAGAUGAAAAGCGUGACAGCAUACAACUUUGGUGGGCUGGAAAAGAGCUAGCUAUGGAUAAGAAGCUAUCUGACUAUAUUGGUGUUAAUGACAAAACAAAGAUUGUCAUCAGGCUAAGCCUCCCAACGAGCCUUUAGUGUGGUCCUGUCGGUCGUUGAUAUUGCCUAUUACUCCCUCUGUAUCAAAAUACAAAACAUUUUUUAUACUCCCUUUGUAUCAAAAAAGAGUAUUGAAAAACGUCUUAUGUUUUGAUAGAGGGAGUAGUGAAUUUUUCUUUUGAGUAGUAUAUGCAUUUAUGCAAAUUAGGCACAUGUAAGUUGUUUGCAUUUUCGUGAGAAAACAAACAGGCACCAUCUUCAGCUUCAUGUACCAAUAGACAACAUGUAUCAACAGGUUAAAACAGUCACAGUAUAAUCACUGAAUGUUUCAUUGUACAAUGUUCAAAGGUAUUUCUGGGCAUCAAGCUGUGAGUGAGUAAUACAUUUGAUCAUGAUUCAACUCUGUGUGUACAAUAAGACUAGCUAAGAGAGAAAAUUGCAUUUCCUGCUAAAUGAUCAUCACUCGUAUGAUCUUUUGAAGCUGGGAGGAGUAUGCAAUCUGGUGGUAGACAAACUCAUUGUGCAAAUUGCUUGUUAUUCAGAAUGGUGCCCUGAUUAUAUUUUCUCGUGUCCAGAGAAGUAGUCCAACUUAUCUAGCAUUGCAGCAACUGCCUACAUGAUGGCCCCGCCUGAACAUGUCUGCACCGUUUAUCUUCAAUCUGGUUCAACUUUUGCUGUUGUAUUUAGCUUGCUUGUCCUCACAUGGAUGUCUCUUGAGCUCCAAUGAACAAACACGCUCUGAGCAGCAAAAAGUGAAGCAUUUUUUGGGUAUCUAGGUUUCUUAUCACUGAGCAGAUAGACUGUGCCACAUUGCAGGAAGGCUACAGGCAUCUUAAGCAG